AGAAGAAUUUAUUUUUUCCCGACGGUUAAAAAGGCCACAUGGGCAUCGUCAUUUUCUUGCUUUUACUCUUCUCAACACCCUCCACUCUCCAUGCAAAAACUGCCCAACAUCAUGCACAUGAACGACAACGACAUGCUUCAUCAAAUUCAAAAGCGAAUAGGAGUGUCAUUGAAGUGAAAGGUGGGCCUGAAUCGGUGAUAUGGGUGGUGCAAUUCUCUGAUCUUCACUUGAGUGUGCAUCACUCUGAAAGAGCUUCCGAUUUUAAGGCCAUUGUAGGCCCUGUUCUCUCCCUCAUCAACCCUUCUCUCGUCCUCAUCACCGGUGAUCUCACAGAGGCGAAAAGUAAGGACUAUCAAACAUCAAAGCAAAAUGAGGCAGAAUGGGUUGAGUAUCAGAAGGUAAUGGAGUAUGUUAUAAGGAGGAGUGGACUUGACAAGAGCAUUUUCUAUGAUCUUAGAGGGAAUCAUGAUAAUUUUGGUGUACCAGUUGUUGAUGGGAAAUUCGAUUUCUUUUCAAAAUAUAGCAUCAAUGCACAGUUGGGAAGAACAAAGAAUGUCAAUAGUGUCACAAUUCAGACUAAUGAGUGGAAACAUCUGUUUGUCGGGUUUGAUAGCACAAUGUCGAUUGGUUUACGUAGUCCAACUAACAUCUUUGGGCAUCCGACUGAUAAACUGUUAACUGAAAUAGACUCAGAACUAUCACAGUGGAAUUCUCAGCCAACAAAACCGGUGACAAAGAUUUCUUUUGGGCAUUUCCCAAUCUCAUAUUCAGCUUCGACUCAUUCUGGGCGGAGCCUAAGGGAUAUAUUUCUCAAGCAUUCCCUAUCAGCCUAUCUAUGCGGGCAUCUCCAUGCGAGAUUUGGUAAGAAUUUGAAGCGGCACCAUCAGUUGAAUCGUCACUUUCCUUCUUCAGAGAAGUUUUUGCAGUUCAAUGUGCACCAAUCAUCUUAUGAAAGCAACAAAAACUGUUCAUCCAUUGCAUCAGGGGUUGAAGAAUUCUGGGAGUGGGAAAUGACUGACUGGAGGAAGAGUAGAGCCAUGAGAAUUUUGGCGGUUGAUAGGGGCCAUGUUUCCUAUGCUGAUAUUGACUUAAAGUCAGGGAUGAGAAAUACAAUUGUAAUGCCCACGUUUCCUUUAGACUCGCGCUUCAUGUCACGAUCAUCAUUGCAUCAGAACUAUGAAUGUCAACGUAUGCUUCCUUCAUCGUAUGAGACUAUCAGAGCUCUAGUCUUUUCAGCUUCCCCUAUUUUAUCAGUUGUUGCAAAAGUCUAUGAUUCGAGGUCUGGGGAUUUCGAACUGGUUUUGGAUGAAUUGAUGAGGAAGCAGGCAGAUAACUCCUCCAGGGGAGAUCUUUACUCUGUACCAUGGAACUACAAAGCCUUUGAGAGUCAGUCUCCUGAUAGGUUCUGGCUACAAAUCGAAGCAACUGACAUGUCAGGUAGGUCAAUCCUAAGUGAAUUAAGACCAUUUUCCAUAAAUGGUCUUAGCUCUAAGCUUUCAUGGACAUGGAAGGAGUUCUAUGUGAUGGGUUGCCAAUGGGUUAACUUAUACUAUCCAGUUCUCUGGUUUGCUCUCUGCUUCCUGUUCUUCAUUCUUCUCGUUCCGAAAGCACUCCUCAUUUUCUCAAAGAAUCGGUACACCUACAAAAAUUUCGUCACCAACAAAGGGUUUAUCAAUGGUAUGGCAUGGGUUCUACAAGAGCUGAGCAAGAUUCCCAUUGUAUAUUUUGGUUCUUUGGGAUACUUACUGUACCUUGUGCUAUGUCCAUGGUUGAUCGGAUAUGUUUUAACCGAUGGCGGUGAAAAGGGAUAUAUGACUUAUAAAGGGUGGGUGGUGAAGAAUUUCAACAAUGGAGAAAGAGAUGAAUAUAUUGGUUCUCCAGAUAUAAUAGUGGUGGUUCUUCCCCAUAUCUUGUUUGUGGUUUCACCGGCAAUUUUGGUUUGCAUGGCAUUGGCUGCCGAGAGAAGGAUCUACCGGGAACAUAUUCUAUCACUUUCAGGGAAGAAACAAGAUGAUUACAGUGUGAAGAAUGAAGGAUAUCAAAACUAUGAAUACCGAGGAAAUCGAAAAGUAAAGUUCUAUAUCAGAGAUCAAUGGAUUCGAAAAAUUCUCUUUGUAUUGUGCUUGGCUCUUUUCUGGAAACACUUAAUAAAUUGCAGAGGUCUCAUCAGAGCGUAUGAGAUGAACCCGAUCAUACACUUUCCGGUAUAUUGCUUCUCCGUUCCUCUGCUGCUGAUUUUAGCCGUGUACAAAACCGGAAGCAUUUAAGGAUUUCUGCAGAGAGCAUGCCUUAAUCUACACAUUUCAUCAUAUAGGCUGGCACAAAAGCUUGCCUUCUAAUUACGAAAUUGCUCUUAAGUGUACAUUGCCAGAAUAAACCAAUUUAAAACUGGUGUAAUGUGCUUGAUAAGGCGUUGAGUUUGAAUGCCGGCAAGUCUGAUCAAUAACUCUUCAAGCUUUGUUAUUUUACCUGAAUACUGAGAAAGGUGUAUUAACAAUGUUUUUUUGAUCAAUGAAAUAUGAUUUCCACUGAAAA